CUUUCCUUCUGGUCCGCGCGGACCCCACAGCCCGUCCAAUCCAGUCCACACCGCCGUUGUUCAAUGCCUUCACCAUUUGAUCAUUGGCGCACCCCGUACACCACCUCCUCGGGAAUCACACUGUAAUCCAAUCCCAUCAAGCGAACAGUUACUAGCAAUCUAUACGUGCAUGAUGAUCUCCUGCCUGCCACCCGUCCUUUUUUAUUUUUAUUUUUUUCCCUCGUCCGACAACCGAUCAACCCGGCAUCCCAGUAUUCGGACUCGGAUCGCAUAGGGAUGCCCAUUUCUAGGCGGUCGAACCACCGACCACACCACGUCGAGCUCAAGGUCUCAUAGAUAUGAGGUAACCGGGAGCUGAAUGUGCAAAUUCCUACAUACCUGCUGUUAUGUGACCACCCGAUAUAUCCCUUCGAUUGUCGAUGGUUACACUUCGCCGUGCCGGGCCAACCCUCCUGCUGAAAAUUCUAUAAAACCUACAAUGUUCUCCGCUCCAUUCGAGUUCCUCAUUCCGGUAUUGUCCAGCUCAAAGCAAAUCAAGUAUCAUAGAAGAAAAUCGUCCGCACCAAACACACACGCAGAAACAAUGACUUUCUCAUCAUCACAACUAUCUACCCUCCCUGAGGAGCUCCUCUACGACAUCCUCCAGAACAUUCCCACCAAAGAGCUGCUGAAAAUCAACACCAUCUCCCACAGGAUCAAUGAAACGAUCCGAUCCGUCCUUAUCCAGCGACUCCGGAAGUCGCAGGAGCUGGGAGGCUACACCUUCGUUUUUGGCUGUUCGACCCCCGCACGACGAAGCCUGACUUCGUACCAACAAUGCCACCGCGUAGGGUACAGCGCGCCACCCACACGGGACACGCGCAAGCCCAGCGACAUCUACAGCCGUUUUUCGCCACGGGUACGCAGCGACGACCCCUCGGUGACAACCGACUUCUCGAUGAGCACGCACUGCACGCUCGACGAGGGACAGGGCUUCAUCCAGCUGUGUGCAAACAACAUCCUUGUCAAGUUCGGGCCGAGCGGCUCGCUGUUCUCGGCGCUGGCGCGGGUCAGCGGCGAGACCGUCUUCCGCCUGAGAAGGCACGAGCUCAAUACCCAGGAGAGCCAGGUCCUGUGGCUCGAUCAGCAUGCAAAUAUCGCCCUGCGCGUUAAGCCGACCCUGAUCGAGCGCAGGCCCUGGGUCGAUGCGCCUGGUGCGUGCGUGGAGGAUGGCGGGCAGGGCCCGUGCGAGUAUGAUGUGAGGUAUGAGGAGAUCAUGGUCCGGAGUACGUAUCUGUUGAGCGUGCUGGAGGAGGGGAGGGGGAAGUGUCAGAAGGAUGGGAUUACUGUUGGAUAUAAGUAGCAAUCGUUUCUACCGUGGCCGUGGAUUGCAGUGGAUCCGGUGCUGUGGGGGUAUUGAGCGUUGGUUAGAUAUAUAGAUGAGUAUUAGGGAUUGGUUAAUUACGGCUACUAGUUUGUAAUGGGUUUCCUUUGUUUGGUAUGGGCGGCUCGGUCUGUUUGUUUUAAGUUUUAUAGAGAGGAGCAUAAGCUCCCAAUGGAUUCUACAAGUACA